AACACGUUCAGGCUGACCGGAAGCUGCUCCCUCGAGUUGUCACACGCUCGAUCAGUCAUUGAUCCAUAACGAUUGGACAAGCUCCGGUCACCCGACACACAGCAUUUAUAUACUUAGAAGGAUUCAUUAAGUUGCAAACGACCUAUCAAAGCUACACUAUAGAUUUCGGAUUAUACAACAGAUGUCACAUAUCCAGUAAUUGUGUAUCCAUUGUCAGGAUUUUGAAGAAGUGGAGGGAGCAAAACAUAUGAGACAACCAAUGGAAGGACAACUACACAAAUAUACCAAUGCCUUCAAGGGCUGGCAGUUCAGAUGGUUUGUCCUGGACCCGGAUUCAGGCAUGCUCGAGUAUUUUGAGAAAGAAGAACAGAAAAAACAGAGGCCUAGAGGUUACGUCCAGUUAGCAGCAUCAGUCAUAUCUCCUUCGGAUGAGGACUCGCAGACAUUCACAGUUAAUGCAGCCAAUGGUGAAUUGUAUAGACUGCGAGCCUCUGAUGCCAAGGAGAGACAACACUGGGUAGACAAGCUACGGUCUACAGCUGAGUACCACACAGCCAACAUGGUAAAUAGUUCUCCGCCACAAAAACCUGAUGUAAGGUCACUCUCCAUGAACUUGUCCCCGAACGAGACGGCACACGUACCAGUCAGGUUACGGAAGUCUCCUUCGGUCCGUGGAGAUCAGGAUGUAGCAGUACCUACUAAAUCUGUUGCUGCCAAGUCUCAUGGCAAGGCCCCAGCAGCACAUCCCCAUACACUCGACCCAUUCCGAGAGGUCAAGGAGUACAUUAUCGAGGCAGAGGACUACUCCGAGACACUCAACGAAAAAAUCAAUCACCUUCCUUCUGCCGGAGAAACAAUUUCAGGACUUGAUCCAGAUAUAUUACUGAUCAAGGCGACCUCCAACGCUACCCUUACCUGUCUAUCACAAUGCCUGAAGAUGUUACAACAGCGACAGGGAGCCUCCGUCAAACCUGUCCCUAAUACUACCGCUAUCAACUGGGGCGACCCUAACACACAACCAGUUAAUACUCAUGUGGCUGUGCCUAAAGCCACCAGUUCUGGGGGAGUGCCCUCUCCUACAGGAAGUUUCUCUUCGGCCACAUCACUGCCAUUUACAUUGCCUGACCAAGUCCAGGAUGGUCCAAUUAACCAUGAUGAGGAAGUAGAGGACAGUGCCAGCUACAGGGACACAGACCUUGGUAACGAGGUGGAGGAACACAAAAGUGUCAUCCUUCACCUCCUCUCUCAGCUCAAACUUGGCAUGGAUCUUACCAAGGUGGUUCUUCCUACUUUUAUUCUGGAACGCCGUUCCCUACUAGAAAUGUUCGCUGACUGUAUGGCUCAUCCUGACUUCUUUCUCAAAAUUGCUGACCUUCCAGAUCCUGAGUCUCGGAUGCUGGCUGUCCUCGAAUGGUACCUCACGUCUUUCCAUGCAGCCCGACAGGGCUCUGUUGCCAAAAAGCCUUACAAUCCUAUCAUUGGAGAAACCUUUCAUUGCUCCUGGCGCUUACAAGAAAAUAACAACAAAUCUAGCCAAUCAAAAAACACUUCUGGAUCACCUGACCAGGAAAAUCAGACAAUUGAAAAGGAAGGUGAAACCUGUAAUAAACCAGUUCAGUUGACAUUUUGUGCUGAGCAGGUCUCACACCAUCCCCCAGUGUCAGCCUUUUAUUUUGAGUGUCCAGAAAAACAGAUGUGCAUGAAUGCCUCCAUAUAUACCAAGUCACGCUUCAUGGGCAUGUCUGUAGGAGUACAGAUGGUGGGCAAAAUAUGUUUGAAGCUACUGCAGCAUGAUGAAGAGUAUGUGUUUAUGAUGCCCAGUGCCUAUGCUCGGUCUAUACUCACUGUUCCCUGGGCUGAGAUGGGUGACAAGAUUACAAUCAACUGUCAAAAGACCAAUUUUGUUUCCAAUGUCACAUUCCACACUAAGCCAUUCUAUGGAGGGAAGCUACACCGGGUGUCUGCUGAAGUGAAGAACACCAGUCUCGGCACUGUCCCCUGUAAAGUUCAGGGGGAAUGGAACAACAUUCUCGAGUUCAGCUAUGCAAAUGGAGAGACUAAAAUUAUUGAUGUGAACAACCUAAACAUACUCCGGAAGAGGGUACGACCGCUCGGUAAACAGGGAGACUAUGAAUCACGCAAGCUGUGGGAACACGUAACAAAUGCUCUUAAAAUCGGGGAUGUAAAUACAGCAACUGAGCAUAAACACUUCCUGGAAGAGAGACAGAGAGAAGGAGAGCGACACAGAAAGGAAACCAGCACUGAUUUCCCUACUAAGUAUUUUCACAAAGUUGAUGACGUCUGGACAUAUAACACUAUGCUAGAAGAGGGGAAUAUGAAUGGUUCUGCUUAACAAGGAUAGCAAAACAGUGUUUAAGUGUUCGAAUAUCCAGCUAGGAUGAGAGCAUCUGCCUUUUGUGUAGUGUAAGGUCGUGGCAUGGACAUGCCUUUUCAAAUUGCCUGCCAAGACGAUAAACAGACUACUAAAUUGACUCAAAGGAAAGGAUGUAUAAUGGUUUAAAAAAAUGUGUUAUAAUAUAUAUUGUCAAAAUUAAUUAUAAUUGUGCUUGGACAUGAAAGUGUCUGCAAUAGAAAACUGUCCUGUGAUAGGUAUAUUGUGAUGAACAACUUCACUAAACUUUGUGAUAUCAUUGUAUAGCAGUUUACAUGUGAUAUAGUAUACACUGCUAUGUUGUCAUAUAACGAUUUAAGGUUAUAUACCUUGGGAAAUAUUCCUUUUCAGAAGCUAUUACUCAACAAUUACAUUAAAUGUCAAAACACACAAUGUUAGAAUUAUGCAGGUGUUGCCUAAUGAUAUUCUACACAAUGAAAAAACAUGUGAUAUACAUUCAACAACCUUUGUCAAAAGUAUCUAUGUAUGAUGUUGCAUACUGUGGUGUUUGAAUGAGUGUGACAAAGACAAUCAGGAUGUGUAUAACAGUAUAGGAUGGCUGUUACUUAUGUAAAUAGCCUAGGGAAGUACAUUGUACUAUCAAAUCCACAACAGUGUUCACAUUUCAGAAUUAUCUGAUAAGCUGUGAUGACUACGAUAAUUGCUUUUGUUGUGAUGUAAUGUUUUGGGACCAGCUGAAGUAAUGGUCUACCUCAGAUAUUUUAAGGAAAUAUGUGGGGCUUUGAUUAUAAACCAAUAUACAUAUGAUAUUGUUAUGUAUAUUGAAGGAAGUCUUUUAUCUUUAAUCAUAAUAUUAAUUGGUUGUAAAUGAUAAUCCAAAAAAUGCAUAUUCUGCAUGGUUUGUCUCAAUGCAUCUGUUCUAUGAAAAAAAGCCAUAUUUUUUGUGUACCUUAGACAGUUUUGACUGCAGAUUAUAAGAUGGAAAUGAUAUCCCACAAACGAGUUUCAAAUUUUUAGCUCAUCUGGCUUGAAGGGCUGGUGACCUUAUGCCCUGGUGCAGCGUCUGUCCGUCCGUCUGUUGUCUGUCUGUCAUCCGUCAACAUUUGAUUUAAAUCCCUACUAGUCCUGAAUGCAAUUUUAUGAAAUAUGGUCUGGAUUAUUAUUUGACUAUGAGGUAUAAACAGAGGGUGUGGUCAGGAUCAUUAUUAGAUUAAGAAAAUCCAAUAUUGUAUAAAUGGGUUAAUAAUUUUGACCCAGUUAAAAAGUAGGAAAAUAUUUGAAAUAUAAAUUAAAUUAAGCUAUUUUGCCACAAUUACUGAAAUAUCCAGGUGAGCAAUGCAGGCCCUUUGGGCCUCUUGUUUAAGUUUAUUAAAGUUUAAUUUAGUGUACACAAAUUUCAGUGUUAUAAAAUUUUAACAGCUUAGCUAUUGAAUUGAUUAAGAUUACCUCUAAUUGGAUGUUGAAUAUUAGCUGUGAUUUGCUUAGGACCACAGAAAUUUACCAGUUACUGUAUUUCCUGUUUGAUUUUGAAUUUUUUUUUCACAUUAGAAACAAUAAUUAUACAAUAAAUGAAGGCGAUUUGUCAGAAUUACCUUGUAUUUGUCAGAAUUAUCUCCCCUUAACAAACUGUUCCAGGAGGUUUGUCAGAAUUACCUCCCCUUAACAAAAUGUUCAUCAAGUGCAAUUUAUGUGUUAAUGAUGGGUUACAAGUAUUAGCUUCCCAUAAUGCUUAGAUGACUACCAACAGCAUUAUGUAUUAGUAAGCAGUUAUAGUAAAAUUUGAGAUAAAUGGACGUGUUGAAAUUUGCUUAGUUAUGCUGAGAAUUUAUUUAUAGAUGUAAUUUGGUGUUAAAGUAAUCCAUGAGCGAACAACUGUUGACCUGCUAGGUGUACAUGUUGGUCAGGUGGUACUCUGGAGUUUCUCUCACGCCCAUAUCUCUCUGAUUUUAUUGAUUUCCAACCAUAAGCAAACAAUAGUGCCACCAUGUGUGCAAUAGCAGAUUGAUGUCCAGCAAUUUUGUUUAAACCAUUCGGAUCUCUCUGAUUUUAUCAACAACAUUUUGUUUGCAAAUAAUUUCCCCAUUGGUACCUCUGUGAAUGGUGACAUCAGACAGAGGUACCAAUCACUGCAUAUAAAUAAUGGUAGCGAGCCAAUCAAAGUAUAUAGACUAUUUAUAUCCAUGUGCAAUCCCCACAAUAUGGCUGGUAUAGCAACCAAUUAUAAUGCUUUAUCCUGCAACUGCCACCGCAUUGUCGGAAUACACCCACCAUAUAUAUUUUUGCUGUAUACAGCAGUGACGGAAAAAAGCUGUAUUUUGGAAUCUUAGCAUGUGUGUCAAUUUGACUAGCCUACUUCCAAGUGAAACAACGUUUAAAAAGUGAACAUAUUUGAAUUAUAGUUGAUACCGUUUCAUUCCAAAAUGAUUAUUUUUGAUAACUGUUGCAGAAUGAAUAGAAUACAUGCACAUGGUCAGUGUCUUAAAUUAUAUGCUGUAUUUUUGGCUCGGGACAGAAAGACAAAAGUGGCUCGCCAAGGCUUGCCACUUUUGUCUUUCUUUACCCUCGCCAAAAUUAAAUAAAAUACAGCUUAUAUUUAAAGACACUGACCAUGUAUUCUCUAUAUCCUUGGAUGGUAGCAAUAAUGCAAAGCAGAUUUCUAAGUACUGUAGGUCAUCAGUGUCUUAUUCUCAGAUAUUUUAAAACUUGGAAGUUGUAUUAAGCUAAUCAUAUUCUGUGUUGUUUCAGACAUAUCUGAAUUUAUCAAAUUAUACAAAAAAUCUGCCCGAUUCCCAUUGCAUUGUUCAAAAUGUUCACUUCUCAAAGAUAAUUAUACUGUAUAAACUGAAGAUGUCAGUAGAGUUGUGCAUCCCAUGAGAACUACAUUGUUGUGUGUGUAUUGCAUGAUUGAGAAAAUGUGACCAUUGCUAACAGAAUUCAUUGUUGUCUUUCUGCACUAACACUUUUAUACUACAAAGCAUAUAAGAAAACAUGUGGGUAUUAU